AUGGGGUUUGAUUCAAAUGUAUUUAUUAACACUGCUCUUCUUGAUUUGUAUGGAAAAUGUGGUUAUGUUAAAGAAGCAGAGCAACUGUUUGAUGAAAUGCCUGAAAGAAAUGUGGUGUCAUGGAAUGCUUUGAUUUCUGGUUAUUUGGACACCCAUUACCCUGAAAAUGCGAUUGUGUUGUUUCUUGAAAUGUUGAGAGAGGGUAUUAGACCGACCCCGUCUAGUGUUUCGGCUGUGUUGGUUGGUUGUGCUCAGUUAGAAGCAUGUGAAAUUGGGGCUCAGUUUCAUGGUUUGAGCUGGAAAGUUGGUUUUGCUUUGAAUCUUGUUGUAGGGACUGUUUUGAUUGAUAUGUAUUUGAAGUGUUUUGAUCUUGAGACUUCGAGGAGAGUUUUCGAUCAAAUGACUGAAAGGAAUGUUAUUACUUGGACAUCAAUGAUUACUGGUUAUGCGCAAAACCGGUGUCCUUUUCAAGCUGUGAUUUUGUUCAAGGAAAUGUUGAGGUUGGGAAUUAGAGCUAAUUGUGUUACGUAUACGAGUUUGUUAAGCUCGUUUUCUUGUUCAGAUUACUUGGUUCAUUGUGAGCAGGUACACUGUCAUGUAAUACAUCAAUGUUGUAAGACUAACCAUUACUUGGUGGUAUCGUUGCUGUCUGCUUACUCAGGUUGUAGCUGUAGCUUAGAGGAUUUCCGUAAGUUGUGUUCUAACGUUGUGAAAUGGGAUGAGAUCUCCUGGAAUGCAGUUAUUUCCGGUUUCUCUAAUUUAGGAGUCGGUGGAGAAGCGUUCUCCUGCUUCUCAAGAAUGAGGUGGGCUGGUUUUACUGUUGAUCAUUACACUUUUGCGAGCAUUUUGAAAGGAAUAGGGAGCAUUUCAGGCCUGGAGGAAGGAAUGCUGAUCCAUUGUCUAGCUCUGAAAACAGGAUAUGCUUCUGAAGUUAUCAUACAAAAUGGGCUUCUUUCCAUGUAUACAAAAUGUGGUAGACUUGAAGAUGCCGAGAAAAUAUUCUCAUCAAUGGAGGAACGAGACCUCAUAUCGUGGAACUCACUUCUUACAGGCUGUGCACAUCAUGGUUAUGGUAGGGAUGUGAUUGUAAUGUUUGAAGAAAUGAGGAGAUGUGGUAUUAAACCAGAUCUAACCACAUUCCUUAUUGUUCUUUCGGCAUGUAGACAUGCUGGCCUGCUCGACGAAGGGCUUAAAUAUUUUGAUCUGAUGAAGAAUGACAAUUCUCUACCACCACCAAAGCUAGAGCAUUAUGCUUGCAUAGUCGACCUGUAUGCCCGUGCUGGUCAUCUACGUGAAGCAGAGGACUUCGUCAACAAUAUGCCAAUAGAACCAGGACCUUCGGUUUAUAAAAGUCUACUGAAUGCUUGCCAACUACACGGUAAUAAGGGACUUGCUGUGAUUUCUGCCAAGAAGCUUGUUGAACUUUGUCCCAACGAUCCUGCAACGUACGUAUUGCUAGCAAAUGUGUUAGCAUUGGAAGGGAAUUGGAAGGACGCGGAGGGACAGCGCAAGCUUAUGUUGGAUAGAGGAUUGAGUAAGAAACCUGGUUAUAGCUGGCUAUAA